CUUUAAUUGCACUAUAAACUUAGUGGAUUGCGUUUAAUCACUUGGCAACUUUUUACCUGCUUAACUCGCCUUUAAGCUAUCUACCUACAAACCAACUUCCAUCAAAUAGAAGUGUUCUUUGAUAUUACUUGUUCCUAACUUUAGCUAGAGAUAAGCAAUUCAAACCUAUUAAAAUAAACUUUUCAUGUUCUCGAGCACGAGAGGAUGUUAUAUGUAAAGGGAAAGACGAGUUUUGUAAUUCAAAUACCGAAAAAUACUGUUUACUCCGACAAAUUGUAAAUAUUUGGAAGUCUGCUGGUUUCAGUAAUUACUUAAUUUUUGAAAGAAGUAUAGUGGAAAAGUUUAAAUCUCUAUACAGCAAAUACAAAACUUUGUGCAACAGUAAAACCUUUCAAAUCAAAAAGCAAAUUUCCGAACGCCACAAAAAUGACUUUUACAAUAUGGUAGAGCAAUUGUUUGACAUCAGUGCGAAGGACUUUGAGAUGAAGUUGAGACGCGAUGAAUCAAUGCCUCGUGAUACUUCUGCUUCACAAGAGGAUUUGGCCUUCUUAGAUGAUCAAAGAACUAACAGAAAUAUGAUCAUAUCUUCUAAAAUUGACACAGAGCUUGAAGCAAGGUUUCAGAGAAAGAUUGAUAGAUGCAAGAGGAAAGAAGAAUAUAAACAUCGAGUAAAGAAGAGCAACGAUUCGAUAAUUCGUGACAACAAAGAAAAAAUUGGGGAAAAAAGGCAACGGAAUCACAACUUUUUUCCUAACAAUGAUAUAAAUUUCAAUUUCGCAAGUGAGGAACCUACAGAACCUAAAAAAACAAGAGCUGAAUCACAAUUAGGUAAUAUUAAAAAAAAUUUGUUAAACACAUAAAA